AAAAAAGGAAAAGAAAUUGCCAAACUGUCUUCCAAAGUGUCUGUACCAUUUUAUACUCCCACCAGCAAUGAAUGAGAGUUCCUGAUGCUCCACAUCCUUGCCAGCAUUUGGUGGUGUCAGUGUUCUGGAUUUAAGCCAUUCUAAUAGGCCUCUGGCUGGUAAGGAGGGCACUCGGGAGGACACUGCCCACGUUGCAGGCAUGCCUGUCCCUGCCCUUCAUACCCCCAUCAUGAUUCAUGAUGACUGCUUGGGGGAGGGCCUGACACCUCAAAAGGUCAAGAGUGCAUACAGAUCCAGUCUUCAUCCAGACCUGAAAAGACCCAGGCUCCAGCUGCUGGCCUCCUGCUACCCCUCAGGCCACCUGCACAGGAAAUUCCAGGGGUAGGUUGGUCCCACUGCCAGUGCCAUGGCCUAUAGUGCUAGGCAGCCCCUCAGUCAGCUAGACAAAAUUCUCCAUGAAUCCUUCCCAGAAAGUCCUGUUCCAGCCUGGGGCAAUGUCCCCAUGACCUUCAUGGCACUGCUGGCUUGUCAUGUCAGCUAUGUUACCUUCCUUCUCCUCAUGGUCAUCAUUACGUUGGGGCAUUGACUCACAGCCUUCCCACCAUGCUCCCAGUACACAGCUCAGCACCCAGUACAACCCAUACCUCCAGCUUGGGUGGACCUCUCACGCCAAGCCACCUCUCACCCACCACCCUAACCUGGGUAGGCAACUACAGCGAGCAGGGGCAAGGACCUCUGGAGCAGCCCUUACCCGCCCUGGCCUGACCCUGCACUCACUGGCAGCACAGUCGACACAGUAGGUUGGCUCACAGCAGAAGGCAAAGGCCAUCAUCAGCUCCCUUUAUAAGGGAACGGUCAUGCGCUCGGUGUGCUGAGAGUGUCCUGCCUGGUCCUCUGUGCCUGGUGGGGUGGGGGUGCCAGGUGUGUCCAGAGGAGCCCAGUGGGCAGUGAGGCAGCCAUGGGGCUGGAUGCACUGGUGCCCCUGGCAGUGACAGUGGCCAUCUUCCUGCUCCUGGUGGACCUGAUGCACCGGCGCCAACGCUGGACUGCACACUACCCACCAGGCCCCCUACCACUGCCCGGGCUGGGCAACUUGCUGCACGUGGACUUCCAGAACACAUCAUACUGCUUCAACCAGCUGCGGCACCGCUUCGGGGACGUGUUCAGCCUGCAGCUGGCCUGGACGCCGGUGGUCGUGCUCAAUGGGCUGGCGGCUGUGCGCGAGGCGCUGGUGACCUGUGGCGAGGACACCGCCGACCGCCCGCCUGCGCCCAUCUACCAGGUCCUGGGCAUCGGGCCGCGCUCCCAAGGAGUGUUCCUGGCACACUACGGGCCCGCGUGGCGCGAGCAGAGGCGCUUCUCCGUGUCCACCUUGCGCAACUUGGGCUUGGGCAAGAAGUCGCUGGAACAGUGGGUGACCGAGGAGGCCGCCUGCCUCUGUGCCGCCUUCGCUGACCACUCCGGACGCCCCUUUGGCCCCAACGGCCUCCUGAACAAAGCGGCGACCAACGUGAUUGCCUCCCUCACCUGCGGGCGCCGCUUCGAGUACGACGACCCUCGCUUCCUCAGGCUGCUGGACCUAGUUGAGGAGGGAUUGAAGGAGGAGACGGACUUCCUGUACGAGGUGCUGAAUGCUGUCCCCGUCCUCCUGCGCAUCCCUGGAGUGGCUGGCAAGGUCCUACGUUCCCAAAAGGCUUUCCUGACCCAGCUGGAUGAGCUGCUGACCGAGCACAGAAUGACCUGGGACCCAGCCCAGCCACCCCGAGACCUGACUGAUGCCUUCCUGGCAGAGAUGGAGAAGGCCAAGGGGAACCCUGAGAGCAGCUUCAAUGAUGAGAACCUGCGCAUAGUGGUGGCUGACCUGUUCUCGGCUGGGAUGGUGACCACCUCGACCACGCUGGCCUGGGGCCUCCUGCUCAUGAUCCUACACCCGGAUGUGCAGCGCCGUGUCCAACAGGAGAUCGAUGACGUGAUAGGGCAGGUGCGGCGACCAGAGAUGGGUGACCAGGCUCGCAUGCCCUACACCACUGCCGUGAUUCACGAGGUGCAGCGCUUUGGGGACAUUGUUCCCCUGAAUGUGCCUCAUAUGACAUCCCGUGACAUCGAAGUGCAGGGCUUCCUCAUCCCUAAGGGGACGACACUCUUUACCAACCUGUCAUCGGUGCUGAAGGAUGAGGCCAUCUGGGAGAAGCCCUUCCGCUUCCACCCGGAACACUUCCUGGAUGCCCAGGGCCACUUUGUGAAGCCAGAGGCCUUCCUGCCUUUCUCAGCAGGCCGCCGCGCAUGCCUCGGGGAGCCCCUGGCCCGCAUGGAGCUCUUCCUCUUCUUCACCUGCCUGCUGCAGCGCUUCAGCUUCUCGGUGCCCGCCGGACAGCCCCGUCCCAGCCACUCUCAUGUCGUCGGCUUUCUGGUGACACCACCCCCCUACGAGCUUUGUGCUGUGCCCCGCUAGAGUUGGGCAUCAAGCCCCCAACUUGCUCCUCAGCUGGGACCCUGUUGUACAAUAAAUUAGUCUAGUGGCUCCCACUUGGUUUCUGUAUCCAGUCUGGGCCCCUGCCAAGGUCCUGGUUGUGUUGGGUCGUCAGUCACCUGCCUGAUGUCAGUGCUCACCCCUCACCUCAUUCAUUUUUUUUUUCUUUUUUUUUUUUUUUUUUGACAUGGAGCCUACUCUGUCACCCAGGCUGGAGUGCAGUGGUGCAAUCUCAGCUUACUGCAACCUCCGCCUCCCGAGUUCAAGCAAUUCUCGUGCCUCAGCUUCCUGAGUAGCUGGGAUUACAGGCACCCGGUACCACCCCUGGCUCAUUUUUGUCUUUUUAGUAGUGAUGGGUUUCGCCAUGUGGGCCAGUCUGGUUUCAAACUCUUGACCUCACGUGACCACCAGCCUCAGCCUCCCAAAGUGCUGGGAUUACAGGCGUGAGCCACCGAGACCAGCCUUAACUCAUUCAUUCUUACCUGGACACCUGACGUUACUUGAGACAGGCAUAGUGAUUCUCAGCAGGCGACAGCCUGCCCCCGCGUCACGCCCAGAGACCCAUCACUGGCUGCCUGGCUUGGUGACAAAGUCCAUGCGUAAGUCUUGGCUGGGGUGGAUAUGAAUAGGCAUAUGCCAAGAAUCAGCCCAUUCCCUGGCUAGGGUGGGAGACUGUGUUGUGCUCCCCCAGACCACCCUCAGGUUCAGUGAUUUCUAGAAGGUCUCACAGCCCUAGAAAAGCUGUUAUUCUCCCUGUUAACGGUUUAUUACAGAGAAGGGUACAGAUUAAAGUCAGCAAAGAUGAAAGGCACAGGGGUCAGAGUCCAGAAUGACCAGGCUGAGGCUGCAGCUCUCUUUCCUGGUGGACUCCUACAGGCAGUGCUUAAUUCUCCCCCAACAGUAAGUGACACAGCAGAGAGCCCUGCCAGCCACGGAAGGUCACCUGAGCCUUGGUGUCCAUGGUUCUUGUUGGGAGUUGGUCAUCCUAGGCGUGAGCCCCUGCAGCAUGGCUGACCUCAGUUACUCAGUCUCCAACCCCUCCUGAAGUCAGAUGGAUACAGGCCUGAGGGCCCCAUCCUCGAUCACAUUGUUGGCAUAAACUGUGUUGUACGGUCCAAGGCCCUAGCUAUGUACAAAGACACUGUUUCAGGCAGGACAUUCCAAAGCCUUAGCAGAUAUCUCCCAGCCGCCUGUCAAGAGUCAGUUGGGACUCUUGGUCCAAUGGCUUGCAUUGGGCAGGGAAUGACUUCCCCACUUUUUACUAUACAGGCCACCCCUCUUGGCUCUAACAGCAAAAUGAUAUUAGUUUGAGCAUCUGUGUGUGUGUGUGUGUGUGUGUGCGUGCAAGCGCGCGUUUUGUUUUCUUGAGACAGGGUCUUGCUCUGUCACCGAGGCUGGAGUGCAGUGAUGCCAUCAGGGCUCACUGCAGCCUUGACUUCCUGGGUUCAAGCAAUCCUCCCAUCUCAGCCUCCCUAGUAGCUGGGACUGCAGGCACAUGCCACCAUGCUUUUGCUAAUUUUUGUAUUUUUUGUAGAGACGGCCAUGUUGGCCAGGAUGGUUUCAAACUCCUUAUCUCAGGUCAUCUGGCUGCCUCAGACCCCAGAGUGCUGGGAUUACAGGUGUAAGCUACUGUGCCCAGCCAAAUUUCUUUCCUAAUUUCUUCAUUGAACCACUGGUCAUUCCGGACCAUAUUGUUUAAUUUUCACGUGUAUGUAUAGUUUACAGAAUUCCUCUUGUUGUUGAUUUCCACUUUUAUUCUGUUGUGGUCGGAGAAGAUGCUUGAUAUUAUUUUAACAUUUGUAAUGUUUUAAGACUUGCUUUGUGACCUAACAUAUGGUGUAUCCUUGAGAAUGAUCCAUGUGCUGAGGAGAAGAAUGUGUAUUCUGCAGACUUUAGACGAAGUGUUCUAUAAAUAUCUAGUAGGUCCUUUUGUUCUAUAGUGCAGAUUAAGUCUAAUGUUUUCUUGUUGGGUUUCCAUCCGGGACAUCCGUCCAAUGCUGAAUGUGGGGUGUUGAAGUCUCUAGCUGUUAUCGCAUUAGGGUCUCUCUUUAGCUCUAAUCACAUUUGCUUUACGUGCUCCCGUGUUGUGUGCAUAUGUAUUUACAAUUGUUAUAUUCUGUUGCUGGAUGACCUUCUUUGUCUCCUCUUACAGUUUUUCUUUUGUUGUUGUUGUUUGUUUGUUUUGUUUUGGAGAUGGAGUCUCACUCUGUCACUCAGGCUGGAGUGCAGUGGCGCAAUCUCGGCUCACUGCAAGCUCCACCUCCCAGGUUGAUGCCAUUCUCCCGCCUCAGCCUCCCGAGUAGCUGGGACUACAGGUGCCCGCCACCACGCCUGGCUAAUUUUUUGUAUUUUUAGUAGAGACGGGGUUUCGCCAUGUUAGCCAGGAUAGUCUCAAUCUCCUGACCUCGUGAUCCGCCCGCCUCGGCCUCCCAAAGUGCUGGGAUUACAGGCAUGAGCCACCACACCCGGCCUCCUCUUACAGUUUUUGUUUUAAAAUCUGUUUUGUCUAAGUAUUGCUACUCCUGCUGUUUUUUUGUUUUCCAUUGGCAUGGAGUGUCUUUUUCCAUCCCUUUAUUUUCAGUCUGUGUAUAUCUUUAUAGGUGAAGUGUGUUUCUUCUAGGCAAAAGAGCAUUGAGCCUUGUGUUUUCAUCCAUUCAGCCAUUUUGUGUCUUUGUAUUGGAAAGUUUAGUCCAUUUACAUUCAAUGUUAUUAUUGCUAAGUAGGGACUUACUCCUGCUAUUCUGUUAGUUGUUUUCUCACUGUUUUGUGGUCUUCUCUUUUUUUUUUUUUUUUUUUUUGUUGUCUUCCUUUUAAUGAAGGCGAUUUUCUCUGGUGGUAUGAUUUAAUUUCUUGCUUUUUCGUGUGUGUGUAUCCAUUGUGUGUUUUUUCUUCUUUUCUUUUUCAGACACAGUCUCACUUAUGUGCUUUUUGAUUUGAGAUUGCCAUGAGGCUUGCAAAUAUUAUAACUCAUUAUUUUAAACUGAUGACAACACUGAUUACGUAAACAAACAUAAAGCAAAAAGAAAACUAAUAAAAACUCUACACUUUAACUUCAUCUUAGUGCUUUUUAACUUUCUGUUGUUUCUCUUGGUCUUUUUUUGUUUUUGAGAUAAAGUCUUGCUCUGUUGCCCAGGCUAGAGUGCAGUGGCACGAUCUCAGCUCACUGUAACCUCCACUUCCCAGGUUCAAGCGAUUCUCCUGCCUCAGCCUCCUGGGUAGCAGGCGCCCACCACCAUGCCCAGCUAAAUUUUUUGUAUUUUUAGUAGAGAUGGGGUUUCACCAUGUUGGCCAGGCUGGUCUCGAACUCCUGCCCUCAGGUGAUCCACCCACCUCAGCCUUCCAGAGUGCUGGGAUUACCUGCGUGAGCCACCAGGUCCGGCCUCUUUAUGUCUUACUGUACUGUCUAUGUCUUGAAAAGUACUUAUUAUUUUUGAUUGGUUCAUCAUUUAGUCUUUCUAAUUAAAACAAGUGUAGUUUACACACCACAAUUACAGUAUUAUAAUACUCUGUUUUUCUGUGUGCUUACUAUUACCAGUGAGUUUUGUACCUUUAGAUGAUUUCUUCUUCAUCAUUAGUAUCCUUUUUUUUUCAGAUUGAAAAACUCCCUUUAGCAUUUCUUGUGGGAUAGGUCUGGUGUUGAUGAAAUCUUGCAGCUUUUGUUUGUCUGGGAAGGUCUUUAUUUCUCCUUCCUGUUGGAAGGACAUUUUUGCCAGAUAUGCUAUUCUAAGGUAAAAGUUUUUUUUCCUUCACCACUUUAAAUAUGUCAUGCCACUCUCCCCUGGCCUGUAAGGUUUCCACUGGAAAGGUGGCUGCCCUAUGUCAUGAUUGGAGCUCCAUUGCAUGUUAUUUGUUUCAUUUCUCUUGUUGCUUUUAGGAUCCUUUGUUUAUCCUUGACCUUUCGAAGUUUAAUUAUCAGAUGCCUUGAGGUUGUCUUCUUCUUUGGGUUAAAUCUGCUUGGUGUUCUAUAAACUUCUUGUACAAAAAAUUAGCCAGGCAUGGUGGUGGGCGUCUAUAAUCCCAGCUACUCGGGAGGCUGAGGCAGGAGAAUCGCUUGAACCCUGGAGGUGGAGGUUGCAGUGAGCCGAGAUCGCAUCAUUGCACUCCAGCCUGGGCGACAGAGCAAAACUCCAUCAAAAAAAAAAAAAAAAUUGGGGCUCGGUGGUGGCUGUAGUCCCAACUUGGGACUUGGGAGGCAGGAGGUCUACUUGAUGUCAAGAUUACAGUGAGCUGUGAUCCUGCCACUGCACUCCAGCCUGGGCAACAGAGUGAGACCCUGUCUUAAAAAAAAAAAAAAAGGCAACAUAUCCUGAACAAAGGAUCCUCCAUAACGUUCCCACCAGAUUUCUAAUCAGAAACAUGGAGGCCAGAAAGCAGUGGGGGACGACGGCCCUCAGGCAGCCCUGGAGGAUGUUGUCACAGGCUGGGGCAAGGGCCUUCAGGCUACCAACUGGGAGCUCUGGGAACAGCCCUGUUGCAAACAAGAAGCCAUGGCCAGGCCGGAGCCCAGGAAUGUGGGCUGGGCUGGGAUCCAGGUGACAGCUUUGAGGCUCACUGGGAGCAGCCUCUGGACAGGAGAGGUCCCAUCCAGGAAACCUCGGGCAUGGCUGGGAAGCACGGUACUUGGUGCCAGGUCUGUAUGUGUGUGAAUGGUUGUGAGAGAAUGUGUGUGCCCUGUCAGUGUGAGUCUGUGUGCAUGUGAGUAUUGUCUGCGUGGAGGUGAUUUUCUGGGUGUGUAAUCGUGUCCCUGCAAGUGUGAACAAGUGUCUGGGAGUGGACAAGAGAUCUGUGCACCAUCAGGUGUAUGCAUAGCGUCUGUGCAUGUCAAGAGUGCAGUGUGAAGUGAAGGGACCAGGCCCAUGGCGCCUCUGAUUAUCAUGAGCUUCCUAAAGCCCCAGGUAAGUGCCAGUGACAGAUAAGGGUGUUGAAGGUCACUCUGGAAUGGGCAGGAGGGGGUAAGGAAAGGGUAAGGCCAUGUUCUG